AUGAUGGGCUCCGUGCUCCCGGCUGAGGCCCUGGUGCUCAAGACCGGGCUGAAGGCGCCGGGGCUGGCGCUGGCCGAGGUCAUCACCUCCGACAUCCUGCACAGCUUCCUGUACGGCCGCUGGCGCAACGUGCUGGGCGAGCAGCUCUUCGAGGACAAGGGCCACCACGCGAGCCCCAAGACGGCCUUCACCGCCGAGGUCCUGGCGCAGUCCUUCUCUGGCGGUGAGUCGCGCCGUCGGAGCCCCCCGGUCUCCUCUCCCCGGCGACCCCCAAUUCCCCGGACCCCGCGCCUGCUCCAGCCAACCCGGGCGCUCCCGACGCUCCGUGAGCCUCAGUGUCCCCGGGGCGGGACCCCAGCCCUCCCCUGCUGUCCUCUCCCCGCUCGGAGCCGGCGGGUUCCCGGCACUGAAAGCCUUACUAGGCGUGGCCUCGGGAUCUUCUCCAAGACAUGGAUCAAGGCGGGCACCGAGAUGGGCCCUUUCACCGGCCGCGUCAUCGCCCCAGAGCACGUGGACAUCUGCAAGAAUAACAACCUCAUGUGGGAGGUCUUCAAUGAGGAUGGCACAGUCCGUUACUUUAUUGAUGCCAGCCAGGAGGACCACCGGAGCUGGAUGACUUACAUCAAGUGUGCACGCAAUGAGCAGGAGCAGAAUCUGGAGGUGGUCCAGAUAGGCACCAGCGUCUUCUACAAGGCCAUCGAGAUGAUCCCUCCGGACCAGGAGCUGCUGGUGUGGUAUGGGAACUCGCACAACACUUUCCUGGGGAUCCCUGGCGUGCCUGGGCUAGAGGAGGAGCAGAAGAAGAACAAGCAUGGUGGAAUCCAUGUGAUGUUCUGUGCUUCAGCUGAAGGACGGCCCACCAGGAAAACUAACCAGCUGUUGCUGGGGGCUGUCCAGGUUUCUCAGGGCACAUCAGACAGUGACCCUCAGAGGUCCUCCCCUAUGAUCCCUCCGGACCAGGAGCUGCUGGUGUGGUAUGGGAACUCGCACAACACUUUCCUGGGGAUCCCUGGCGUGCCUGGGCUAGAGGAGGAGCAGAAGAAGAACAAGCAUGGACAAAUUACCCCCAAACCUGGCUCCUGGGGAUGGAUGAGGCACGAGUACUUUGCGGUGUGCCAGGCAGGUGGAGAGUGGAGGCACAGCGGAAAUCCCCUGUAG